AUUCCAUUUAACUUAAAAAUUUGCAGCUUAGAUCUGACCGUUAUUAACUAUUUCUUAGAGAAAUAAAGUUAUAUUUACUAAGAUGUCCAUAACGACAUUGUAUUAUUUACAGCAGAAAAAAGACAAUGCACAUGAUGAGGCCAUAUGGUGUUGUAGUUGGAGUCAAAUUAAUCACGAAAAGAGAAAAGAAGUGACUGAAAAUUCCGAAAAUAUGGAAAACUCAAGAGAUUCAAAUCACUCACAAGAACCCCCAGAAAACUACUUAAUAACAGGUGGUCUAGACGACAUAGUUAAAAUAUGGCGCUUAGAGAAUGGACAGCUAGAACUUAAACAUCAACUAGAAGGACAUUCCCUUGGCAUUAUAUCUGUUGUAGUAAGCCCAGAUGGAAAAACAUUGGCCAGUAGCUCCCAAGACUCAACACUGACUCUGUGGGACAUUGCAUCUGGUGAAAAGUUAAAAACAAUUGAGACAGGUGGUCUGGAUGUAUGGACUUUAGAUUUUUCUCCUGAUGGCAAACAUUUAAUCUCAGGCAGUAAUCAUGGCAAAGUGUUGAUAUUCGGAGUUGAAACUGGCAAACAUGAACUGACUUUAGAUACAAGAGGAAAGUUUACACUUAGCGUAGCAUAUAGUCCAGAUGGAAAAUACAUAGCAAGUGGUGCGUUGGAUGGUAUUAUCAAUAUAUUCGACGUGGCUCAAGGCAAGCUUAUGCAUACUCUGGAAGGUCAUGCUAUGCCCAUCAGGAGUUUGUGUUUUUCACCUGACUCACAAUUAUUAUUGACGGCCUCUGAUGAUGGGCAUAUGAAGCUUUAUGAUGUGGCUCACGCAAACUUAUCUGGUACAUUAUCCGGUCAUGCGUCAUGGGUGCUUUCCGUUGCAUUCUCACCAGACGGCAAGAGAUUUGUCUCAGGUAGCUCAGAUAGGACUGUAAGAGUUUGGGAGCUGGAUAGCAUGCAAUGCCAGCAUGUUUUUAAAGACCAUACAGAUCAGGUUUGGGGAGUGAAAUUUAAUCCAGAAAACGAUCAAAUAAUAUCGGUAUCUGAAGACAAAAGCUUUAAUAUUUAUGGUUGUCCAUUGUAAACAACAAAUAUAUUAUAGAAUAAGAGUAACUGUAAAUGCAUUUAAUUGUAUAAUUUAUACUUGAAGAUUUUAUAAUAAAACUAGACGACCUAGUAAACUUCG